AUGAAUAUUGCUGACCCAUGGAACUGCAGUAGUGUUUCUUCCGAUCGAGCCCAGCAACUUGAUGAGGGUGAGUCAGAAUCAGCGAAUUUGCAAUUUGAAGACGACUUUGAAGCUGCAGUCAUCUCAUCAAGCAAUUACGGAGGUGGUAGUCACGAAAACAGCUCUCGUCAACCACAAGAUAAUCGACUCCCGGAUUCAGAUAAUUACUUGGCUGUUCUAGAGCGAAAGUUGAAAAGAUUGAAAACUAACCCGACCGUGCUACAGCAAUUGGCCGAGCGAAGAGAAGUUUGUAUGCAAUAUCUGCUCAACGAUAACGACAGAUUAUCUUGUGCAGAUUCCGAACUAGACGAACCAGUCAACAACAACGAGCUGCUACGCUUCAUUAAACCUGAACAGCCUCUUUCCAUUGCUGAAGUUGUGAAUCUUGUGAAGUACGACCACCUCGAACCGGAACCAGCACAAAAAGAUUUGGAUACACACGUUAGCAAAGAGAGCGAGGAGAGCGGUACCGAGAGUUCUACCAGUCGUUAG